GCAGGCUCGAGUCGUUCCUGCUGCCCGGCGACGGCCGCCGGACCUACACCGGCGAGGCCGCCGUGAUGUGCAGGCACCUGGUGCUCUCCGCCGACCAGGACGGCACGGUGCACUUCUCCAGCGCGGUCCGGGGCAGGCUGCGGCUGCUCGGGGCCGCGCCCGUGCUGCUGUCCCGCCAGGGCAGCUCCUACCUUCUGGACGGUGGGGCCAGUGCUAGGGCGGAGGCGGAUGCCACUGAGCAGGCCCUCGGCGGAACGCUGACGGAGCUCGUGGAGAAGUGCUUUGUGCCCUCGGCACAGCAAGCCAGGGUGGGACCCGGUUUCGUGCGCUCGGUGGGCAACGAGCCGUGCGAGCCAGCUGGCGACGUGAAGCAGAUGUCCUUCCCAGAAUUUGUGAGGCACCUCGAGGCUUACGACGUGGACACUGCAGAGUUUGGUCGAGGCGAUGCGAAGACGCUUCAGGAGUUUUACGACGAGGUCAUGCUCGAUCAAGAAUCCUAUCUCACCGUGACUGGCGACCGCCUGGAGAGGUUCGUCGAGAUUGUCAGAAUGCAGCUUCUGAUGCGGGGCGAUGAUAACCGUUUGCGCGAGCUCAGGAUCUCCGCACAGGCCAAGGCGGACGGCAGGGUCCGUAGGCGUAACCAGAAGCUCGCCAUGGUCAUGAAGGUAUGCGACGGCCAGCACUGGAAGGACGCCGCGGUCAAGUGCCUCGAGCAGAAGUUCGGCCUCGGCAGGGCCGAUCAGAGGAAGUGCCUGUCCUUCGAGUGGAGCGCGCACGAGGUCACGGAGGAGCGCCACGCCUCGCAGACCGUCCCGGAUAUCAUGACCAUCUACAGGGUUCAUAGCGUCACCGUGACGGUGAAGGACAAGAAGAUGCCGGAGCUUGCCACGCUGGGCCUGCCGCUCGGCCUCGACUUCACCACGCAGAAGGGCACCCGCUUCUGGUCCUGGGCCCCCGUGGCCAACAGCAGGGAGGACGACAUGCUGAUCGAUCUGCUGAAGGCCAACGGCAUCGACAGCUCCGAGUUCCCCGCCGGAGCGUUCGCGGACCUCUACGACGAGGUCUACGAAGGGUGCCAGUCGACCCUGCAGGUCGUGGACCGCGAGCUCGUGCGCACGGUGAGGGUCGUCAAGCUCUGGCUGCAUGCCGACAUCCUCGCAGUCGACCACGUCCUGCUCCUGGGCUCCAAGGUCCAGAGGGGUAAGAGUGACACACACGACAGGGGGCGGCCCCUCACGAUGAAGAUGCCGAUGGGCGGGGACUGGAAGCAGGCGGUGGAGGCGGUCUUGCACACGCGCCUCGGCAUGACGAGGGACACCCAGCUGAGCUGCAUCGCCGUGGACGAAGGCUCCCACAAGGAGAGCGAGCAGUGGUCGUACUCGUCCACGUUUCCGGGCCUCAGGACCUGCUACAAGAUCGACGAGGUCACCGCCCGCGUGUUCAUGAGCGAGGUCGACUCGUCCACCCUGCACCGCAUCGGCCUGCCAGACGGGCAGAACUUUGCCUUCUCCAGGUGGGAGCCCGCGAAGGGCCCGGGCAAGGACGACCUCGUCAUCACGCACUGGCAGUGGCAGAGCGCCAAGGACUUGGUGACCAGCCCGUCCCGAUGGCCGGCGCCUGGCAGCACGGCGCCCGCUGCCAAGACCUACGCCGAGGCGCGGAUGCAGAGGAGGCGCCACCUGGUCCCAGACGUCGAGGUCGCCGCGCAGACGACGCAGAAACAGGGCGCCGGCUGCGGGCCGCUGUCCCCGCGCGGCCGCGCGGGCGGCGGCACGCUGCUCGAGAGCCUCAUGAGGGGCAAGAAGAUGGACAUGAAGAGGGCCAGGCGCGCGGCGUCCCGCAUCUGCGACCCGAGGUACAGCUGCAGGGACUUCUACGAGGACGUCACCGCGGCCUUCCCCGAGCUUGGCCUCUACCUGUGCGGCGACAUGACCAGCGGGCGCGCCGGCGAGGACGAGUACCAGCGCACGCUGGGCGCCAUGUUCUGCUUCUUCUGGAUGAUGCGGCUGCACCUCGACGGCGCCCACUCGUUCUGCUUCGGGCUGGACGAGAACUGGAAGCCGCGCCAGAAGCCCUACGACAACAGCUCCGAGGCCAUGGCGGAGUGGGAGCGCCGGAGCGCGUUCCAUCGGGAUGCCGAGUGGGCGUCGCUGGAGCUGCUGCUGGUCAACGCUGGGCUGCUGGAGGAGGCCACGCCGCCCGAGCUGCAGCCGGCGCGCAAGCGGAGCUUCCUCGAGCUCGCGUCCAAGAGGGCCUACGUGCUGCGGAAGCACGACGUGGAGCGGACGCUGGCCAUGCUGGUCCUCACCGCCAUCCACGACAUCAUGAAGAUUCAUUGGCUCUUGCCCACUGUGAGUAAGAAGCACGGGACCUUCCGCGGUUACAAGAUUGGCGAGGUGAUCAACGACCACGACGCUGCGCUUGCUUACAUUCUCGAGCACCACCCGAGCGUGCUCCCGUCGUACGCGGCACUCCCCCGAGAACAGCAGGAGAGCAUCAAGUUCACCCAGAGCAAGAUGGAGUACAAUAUGGGCUGGCUGGUGCAGGCAGAGGCGCCCCCGGGAGCCCUCUUCCGGAAGUUCAAGCGCGUCAUUGCGUCCGGCCAGGCAUCUCCGCAGGACCUUGCCUUCUAUUUUACGCACUGGUUCACAGACUUAGCUGGCGCCGAGCCGUUCCCGACGGAGGGCUGCGAGAAGUUCGUGCUUAAGUUCCCCAAGCAUGUCCUGAACCAGUUCCUGCUGUCGUUUUCCAUCGUGCAGAACAUAAGCGUUCCCGGCGCCACCGAGGCGAGGGUGUACGAGGAUUACCUCCAGUGGCGGUGGGACAGCCACAGGCCAGCGCUGGGGCCGGCGCCGACGGGCAGAGGCUCGAUCGCCAAGAUGCGGCUGGUCGUCAUGGCCCAGGGCGACAGCGAGGACAGGGAGGUGCUCAGCACGGAGAUGUCCACGGUGGACAUCUGGAAGCAGGGCUGGUCCCGCGAGAAGUCGGAGUACGGCGGCCCGGCCAUCCUCGUCUACUACGCGCCCGCGCUGAUGCAGAAGGCGGGGAAGCAGGACCCCCGCGGAGCCCUCCUGGUGCUCGCGGACGUCUUCCGGCAGGCCCGGUCCCUGUGGCCGCGGUCGGAGGCCUGCGGGAGCUGGUGGGUGUCGGUGCGCGUGGACCAGCUGAAGGAGCUGACGGUGCGGGAGAUCCGCGAGAGCAACCCGAGCAAGGCCUGGGCGCUCGCGAGGCUGACCUCCCGCGAGGGCGCGGUGCAGCGCACGUCGCUGCUCGAGGCCCAGACAGGAGGCUGGGACACCAACCACCGGAUCGUGGACGUCAGCGACCGUGCAGAGGCGGGGCGCCACGGGCAGGAGGCGGCAGCCGCGGCCCCCGCCGGGGAGCAGGAGGGGCAGCUUCGGUCCGUCUGAGCCUUCGGGCAGCUCGUGCUCACCGCUCUCCUCCUCACCAGCGGUGGGGCGCGGCGGGCAGCCCUCGGGGCACUCCCGGGGACCUGCGCCGCCGGGCUCUCCGUGCUGGCCGCCUUGCCCUCACGAGCAGGGGAAGGCGGCGGUCAGCCCCGAGGCACUCGCGGGGACCUGCGGCGCGCCAGCGGGGCCGCGGGUGGGCCCUCCGUGCGCCGCCGCCUUGCCCUCACGAGCAGGGGAAGGCGGAGGUCAGGCCCGAGGCGCUCGCGGGGACUGCUCCCGACUUCUCCCGCCCUCCCACCAGCGGAGUGGUUGCGAGAUCUCUCGCGGGGCCCUUCCUCGUCUUUCUUCUGUUCGCUCUGCCGUGGCGUUCGCUUCCCGAGGGCACACAGUAUCGAGACACUCUGAGGGCGUUUGCGCAGUGAUCAAAGCGUCUCUGCACGGAUUCCGGUUCCAGUGUGCCGUCGGUGCGCGCAA